UUUACCUACAUCCCCUACAUCUGCCGGUUUCUUCCUCACGCAGCGAUGGUGGAUCCUAGCCAAUUCCAGCCUGUUUGCAAAAUUGUUGUAAACCACAUUGAUCAAAUGGCGGCGCCCGCCUUUCCGACAACAAAAUAUGUCCGUAACACUCCACACCGACGUAGGCGACAUAAAGAUCGAACUUUUUUGCGAAGCCUGCCCGAGGUCUUCCGAGAAUUUUAUGGCACUAUGCGCAUCGGACUACUAUAACGGUUGCCUCUUUCAUCGAAACAUUAAGGGGUUCAUGGUACAAACUGGCGAUCCGACAGGAACGGGAAAAGGAGGAGAAAGCAUCUGGGGCGAAAAAUUUGCAGACGAAUUCAGGGACGAUCUAAAGCACAACGUUCGGGGAGUCGUAUCCAUGGCGAACAACGGUCCCAACACCAAUGCCUCUCAGUUCUUCAUAACAUAUGCUAAGCAACCUCACCUGGAUCUCAAGUACACCAUCUUUGGAAAGGUUAUCGACGGCCUGGACACGCUGGACGAACUCGAGAAGGCACCUGUGAACCCAAAGAACUAUCGGCCUCUUCGAGACAUCAGGCUGAAUGCCGUCACCAUUCAUGCCAAUCCUUUUGCUAAAUAAAGCGGCCACUCUGCA